GAACCUUGUUGACCGUUGACACUUGGAUCGUGCCGAGGAUCUCGGGGUCGGAAAGGUGACAUCCGAAAGAACUUGACAACGAGUAAAGUCGCUCGCAUUGAUUACCCAAUGUAGACUCAAGAAUAGUAGGUGAAGUAUCGUCCUAUGUGAAGUCGGCCAACCAGGGUAUCACAUAAUGAGGCGAGUAGCUAGACAACACACGAGCUCUACCCGAGCAACUUCGCCUGCCUUGGAGUCGUUCAAGCAUUCUUAGUGACUUGAACCAUGGACACAUCAGUAUCAAAGUCGAGAGUGGCACUUCGAUGAUAGAAAAAACACUGAGUACACAGCACAAAUGGAAGCAGACCACAGGACGAAUGCGAAACUGCGAGCAAAAUAAGAGUUUUCCCCGCUCCUGCAGCUCAAUCAAUCUCGCCGAUCCUUGCAGCGAUCUAUUGCUUGAACCAACUUCCUCCUUGUUCGUGGCGACUCUGCUGCAACCUACUUCACAAUGGCCUCGGCAGUCAAGGCAUGGACCUUCACUCAUGAGGGUUAUCCUCACGCCAUCCACAAGUCGGCUCUUCCAGCACCAUUCCGCCCGUCGGCCACGGAGCUUCAUGUCCGGGUCAAAGCAGCAGCACUGAAUCCUGUGGAUAUCCAGCUGAUGAACCUCCCUAUUUGGAAAUAUCUUCCUAAAUUCUUUGCUCCUCUUGAGAAGGGGAUUGCUGAGGAUUUUUCUGGCAUUGUAGAGUCCGCUGGCAAGGAUAGCGGCUACGAAGUCGGGGAUGAGGUCUUUGGUAUUACUUUCACACUCACUGGUGGCACACUUCAGAAUGUUGCUAUAGUAAACACAAAGUCCAGCAUUGUAGUCAAGAAGCCGCAAGACAUGAGCUGGGAACAGGCUGCCGCUUUGCCCUUGGUCUGGUUGACAGCGCGCACAGCGAUCUCCAACGUCGAGCUCUUCAUACAGAGCAAUAGCCGACUAGCUGUACUAGGUGGAAGCUCGGGUGUGGGUAUGUAUGUGUUGCAGCUUGCUGCUCAGCGAGGCUGGGAAGUGCUCAGUACCUGUUCUUCCCGCAACGCCGAAUUCGUCAAGUCAAUGGGUGCAACUCGGGUUGUCGACUACAAUACCAGCGAUGUGACGCAAGCCGUUGGAGAGUUCGAACCAUCGGCCAUUAUCGACUGCGUCGGUGGCACUUCGUGCAUCGGUCUCGCGAAUAGGUAUGUCACGAUCAUGGUCGUGAGAACUUUGCUUGGGAAGAUUGGUGUAGGUAAAAGCUACGCCUGCGUCAAUCUGAAAUUUCAGAAAGAAUGGCUGGAGGAAACGCUGAGUCUCGAUCGUGAAAAGAUCAUUAUUGACAGUACGUGGGAGUUUGAUCAGGCAAAAGAGGCCUUUGCAAAAUUGAAUACUGGACGAGCGACGGGAAAGGUGAUAGUAAGAGUGGGCUGA